ACUUUGUUCAGUCCUUCGUUGCCUCCCGUGCCAGGAUGGCGGCGCUCUUCCAGGUCCUAGCAGUGGCUCUCCUCUUCGCCUAUGCUUCUUCCCAGCUUUAUCGAGAACCAGAGCUCUGGCAAGACGAUUAUGUCAGCGAGAUCAGUGACCAGAGCGACACCGACGUUCCCGACGAUCCAGACUUUCUGGCUUUGCUGGCAGCUGAAGACGAGGAAGACAAAGACGACAGUGAGGAUGAGGAUGACGACCCCCUGGAGCAUUUUGUCGACGUCUUGAGGAAACUGAAGCAGGAGGAGGGGAUUGACGAAGACGUGAUCUCGCUCCUGCUUUCGGAACUCGAAGGCGAGGACGAGGACGAGGAACAUGACAGUGAAGAAGAAAGCGGAGAGGAACAAGUCGCACGCGAGCUAAGGAGGGAGAAGAGGUCCCCUGCGAGAAGAAGCUCCAGUAGAUCGUCUUCGUCUCGAUCGAGAGGAAGUGGGUGGCUCGGCAGGAGGUCCAGCAGUUCGUCGUCGUCCAGCAGCAGCGGCAGCGGCAGCAGCAGCAGGAGUUCUGGCGGAUGGUUCAGAAGAAGCAGCUCUUCUGGUAGCAGUAGCAGAAGUGGAAGUAGCAGCAGUAGCAGCAGUGGCAGCAGCAGUAGCAGCAGUGGCAGCAGCAGUGGAAGCAGCAGCAGCACUGGAACAAGCAGCACCGGAGGAGGGUCAUAUGGAUGGAACACUGGAAACAACCGAGGCACUGCCACAGGUGCAACAGGAGCUGGAGCUGCAACAGGUGUCUCCACUGGCACUUCGGGUACAAGGCCUGGCUACCCCACGCAGCCAGGAUACCCCUCACAACCUUACAAUCCUAACCCAGGGUAUCCCACGCAACCGGGAUCUUCUAGCGGCUACCCAAGCGGCACAGUCCCUCACAGUGGCUACCCAACGGGAUCCCAGCCUGCCUCUGGAUAUCCAACUGGAACAAAUCCCGUUUCUGGAGGCACGAGACCUGGCACAGGAUACCCUGCUGGACCUCAGCCCGCUCCGGGAUAUCCGACUGGGACACAGCCGGGCUCUGGGUACCCUGGAAACACGCGACCUGUUGCAGGAUACCCAACCAGUAAUCAACCCGUGCCCGGAUACCCAACUGGAACACAGCCCGGUGCCGGAUACCCUGGAAACACGCGACCUGUUGCAGGAUAUCCAUCCAGUAAUCAACCCGUGCCCGGAUACCCAACUGGGACACAGCCUGGAUAUCCUGGAAACACGCGACCUUUUGCAGGAUACCCAUCUGGCCCUCAACCCGUGCCAGGAUAUCCAGGAGGCACUCGACCGUUUGGAGGCUACCCAGGGUAUCCAGGCAGCACAGGCUUUUCCACUGGGUAUGGGUACGGAGGAUAUCCUGCAACAGGCUACUCCGCGGGAGGCUAUUCCUCAGGUGGCUACGCCACUGGGUUCCCUGCCGCCGGCUAUGCAGCGGGGGGAUUCGCCGGCUAUCCCGCAGGAGGGUUCCCGAUGCCCAAGAGGAAGAAGACGAAGAAGGAGAAGGUGAAGGAGGUGGUGAACAAGGCCGUCACCGGCUACCUCGCGCACAAGGCCGCCAAGAAGAACAAGUUCCUCAACCCUUCGCACAUCCACGGCUUCGGCCACGGGCGCGGCGGCGGCUUCCACGGGAUGGGCGGCAAGUUCGGCGCGGGCGCCCUGGGCGGGCUCGCCGUCGGCAAGACCGCCAAGACGCUCCUGGGCGCCUACAUGAAGAUGAAGAUCGCCAAGUACGCCCUCAAGUUCGGAGCCGAGGCCGCCAAGGCUUACUUCCAGUACAAGCUGCACAGGGAUCUCGACGACUACACCAUCAACAAGUUCAUCCACAGGUACCACCAGCAGCGCGUCAGCAGUUUCGGCCGACGGCGCUACCACAACCAUCGCGAGAAACCCGACUCCGACGAGACGGCCGCCAACAUCACGCUGGGUGAAUUCUGUUACCGACCUUGCAUGCCCAACGACACUCGCAUUUGCCAGUUCACAUUUGAGGUUCAUCUCUACCAGACCUUAUCUAGGGCGUGCUACAAAUGUCCCAGCAACGCCACAGACUGCGACCGACCCGAGUGCGUGGCCGGGGACGGGACGCGCAGGAUGGUCACGGCGGUGAACAAGGGCAUUCCAGGACCGUCUAUUCAGGUGUGCGUCGGCGACAAGGUUCUCGUGGACGUCCUGAACGACAUGCCGUCCACAGCCGUCACUCUCCACUGGCACGGCCUCACGAUGGGCCCCUCCUUCGCCGUGCCCCGAGCCGAGAAGACGCCCUUCAUGGACGGCACCCCGGGCAUCACGCAGUGCCCAGUGGGUCCCUCGUCCGGGUUCAGGUACUCCUUCAUCGCUUCCAAUCCCGGCACUCACUUCUGGCACGCGCAGACAGGUCUUGAACGCGGCGACGGUGUGUUCGGCCCACUCAUUGUGCACCAGUCACAUGAAAAUGAUCCUUACCAGAAAUUGGCACAACAUAUCAUGACGAUCAAUGACUGGUUCCACUCCUCGACGCAGUCCAAGUAUGUCCUCCGUCAGCACAGCAACCAGGAGGCCAAACCCCAGUCCAUCCUGAUCAACGGCCGCGGUGCCCAGAAGCACGACGCGGAUGAAGUCGCUCGAGUUCCAUAUUCAAAAUUCAUAGUGGCUAAUGACACCCGCUACCGCAUGCGGGUCAUCAACGCUGCGGUGACCAACUGCCCCGUGACCGUGACGGUGGACAGCCACGACUUCGUCCUCCUCGCGGCAGAUGGCAGCCUCGUGUCGCCCAUGAACACCACGUCGCUCCUCAUCUAUCCAGGAGAGAGAUACGACGUGCUGAUCGCUGCGGAGCAACAGACAUCUCCUGACGGCGGAGUCUUCUGGAUGCGCGUGCAGGGCGGGAACGACUGUGGCCACCUUCAGCAGUACGCAAUUUUCCAGUACCUGCCCACGAACUUCUCCUUCGCCGAAGCUCCGCCCACCGUCCCUCCGCAGACCACGCCCACUCCCAAAACGCCACCUGCGCCAGGAUCGCAAGACUUCAGCGGAGCAUGUGGCACCGAAGGGCAGCGCUGCGUCUCUGGUCUGAGGUCGCCCACGGAUCUGCCCGCCUCCCUUCAGGUCGCCAAAGCAAAUACUACUCUCUACCUCGCCUUCUCCUCCAAAGAAAUUCGCAACGAGAAUUUCUACUCCAUUCUCCUCUAUGAUAUCUAUGAAGAGACCGACCCUUCGAAGAGACUGGCAACGCCCCAGAUCAACCACCUGAGCUUCCGCGCUCCGCCCAUCCCCCUCCUGGUCAACCACCGCCCACUCAAGUCCGAGAACUGCAGCAGCGAGGGCGUGAGGCGAGGGCACUGCACCGCCGACUUCUGCGAGUGCCUCCACGUCCUGCAAGCUCCGAUUGGGGCAAUUGUAGACCUCGUACUCAUCGGAGAGGGACCUGCCAAUGGCACUUCUCAGGCGGUGCAUCUGCACGGCUUCAAGUUCUGGGUCCUGUCUCAGGUGGCGGCCGAGGACGUGCCCGCGUCGACCAUGACGACCACGACCACCACAACGACCCCAUCCCCCGACGACGAUUCAGAGGACAGCGUGGACAUUCCUCCUGCAGGCGACGAGUACCUCUCACGGGAUAAGGUGAUGCAGUUGGACGCGGAAGGGAAGCUGAAGCGCUACGUGCUGGACCCCGUGGCCAAGGAUACCGUCACUAUCCCGCCAGGAGGGUACACCAUUGUCAGGAUCGUCGCCGAGAAUCCUGGAUUCUGGAUGCUUGAGAGUCAGGUCCUCUUCAAUGCAAUGGCGGGCCAGAGCCUCAUCCUGCAAGUCGGCAACACCGCAGAUUUCCCUAAACCACCAAAAGACUUUCCCAAGUGUUAAAUCUGCUAAAACAACUUCUUGAUUUGUUGUGUUACAUUUUUUUCCCUCUCUGUCUUUCACUUUCUUUCCUUCCUCCCUUUUCUAAUUAUGAUUUUCUUCCUAUCCUUCUUUUACUCGUCUAUCUCAUCUAUUUUUCGUUGUAUAACCUUCAUAGAUCCUAUCAUCUUAAUCAUUCCGAAUCUUUCGUACUAAUCCAAUGAAAUCCUCUCUCUUUCUCUCUCUCUCUCCCCCUCUAUCUCCC